GUAGUAGUCUCACACUCGCUCACGAUAAGUCGUAGUGAGAACAUCUAGUACAGCAGCAAUCUAUUUGAGUUUUACUGAGAAAAAAAGGGAAUAUAGUGGCACUAAUCAAAGUUAAUAGGUGUAUUACCAAAUAAAAAUGCAAGUCACUUUCACCAUAAACGGACAGAGUUACUCGGUCGAUCCAAAGACCGUCCCCGUUGAUACGUCGCUGAACACGUUCAUCCGCAACCAUGCCCACCUCAGUGGGACGAAGUUUAUGUGUCUGGAGGGAGGAUGCGGAGCCUGUAUCGUCAAUGUCAACGGAAUUCAUCCAGUUACCAAGAAGAGCGCGUCGUGGGCUGUAAAUUCGUGCCUGUUCCCAGUGUUCUCUUGCCAUGGACUGGACAUUGUCACCGUGGAAGGGAUUGGAGACAAGUACGAUGGCUAUCACGCAACGCAAAAGGUGUUGGCGCACUUCAACGGCACGCAGUGUGGGUACUGCUCCCCAGGCAUGGUCAUGAACAUGUACAGCCUGUUGCAAUCCAAAAAGGGCCAAGUAUCGAUGGAUGAAGUUGAGAAUGCCUUCGGAGGAAACAUGUGCCGUUGUACUGGUUAUCGUCCCAUUUUGGAUGCAUUCAAAUCGCUUGCAUAUGAUGCCGAGCCUCGAUUGAAGCAGGCCUGCAUGGAUAUUGAGGACCUCAACAAGAUCUGCCCGAAGACUGGAAGUGCGUGUGCUGGAAAAUGCUCUGCCGCUGGAAAGCUUCUUGAUAAGAAGGGUAUCCAUAUGAGUUUCACUGAGGAUAAAGAAUGGCACAAGGUUUAUAAUAUAAGUGAUGUUUUUGCUAUUUUUGAAAAUAUUGGAUCGAAACCAUACAUGUUGGUCGCAGGUAACACUGCACAUGGUGUCUAUCGUAGAAGUGAUAAACUUCAAGUAUUCAUCGAUGUCAAUUCGAUAGACGAACUGCGAUACCAUUCCCUUGCUAACAACUUGGUCAUCGGAGCUGGCGUAUCAUUAACCGAAUUGAUGGACAUUUUGUCAACCGCUGCGAAAGAAAACGAUAAAUUUGCAUACUGUUCAGAACUUGUAAAUCACAUUGACUUGAUUGCCAACGUCCCUGUGCGAAAUACGGGAACAAUUGCUGGGAAUUUGAGCAUCAAAAACCAACACAAUGAGUUUCCUUCCGAUUUGUAUCUUAUUCUAGAAGCGAUUGGAGCAACAUUGACGAUAGUCGAGUCUGGUGGCAAGACUACGGAGGUCAAACCAUCGAAAUUCGUCAGUUUGGACAUGAACAAGAAGCUGAUCUUGAACGUCAGUCUACCACCCUUGGACCCAAAAUACCACGAAUUCCGCUCAUUCAAAAUCAUGCCGCGAGCUCAAAACGCACAUGCCUAUGUGAAUGGUGCUUUUCUGUUCAAAUUCAAUAACAUCAAAACCGUGGUUGAAUCUGCAACUAUUUGCUUCGGUGGUAUCAACCCUAAUUUUACCCAUGCUGCAUCAACAGAGAACUAUCUCGUUGGAAAAAACCUUUUCACGAACGAAACCGUUCAGGAUGCACUGAAAACACUUUCAGACGAGCUCCACCCAGACUGGGUUCUACCAGAUGCAUCUCCCGAGUACCGUAAAAAUCUGGCCAUUUCUUUGCUCUACAAGUUCAUUCUAAACAUCGCCGGCAACGAAAACACCGCCUCUGUUAAAUCUUCGUUCAAAUCCGGGGGCACGGUCCUGGAAAGACCACUAUCGACGGCUUCGCAGCGUUUCGAUACCGUCAAGGAAAACUAUCCGCUAACAAAGAACAUACCGAAGAUCGAAGGGCUUGCGCAAACCUCCGGAGAAGCGAAGUACACCAAUGACUUUCCGGCGCUGCCACAUGAGCUGUAUGCGGCUUAUGUGCUCGCUACAGAAGCGCACUCCAGGAUUGAAAAUAUUGACGCAUCGGAUGCUCUGCAAAUUCCAGGAGUGGUUGCAUUUUUCUCGGCAAAGGACAUCCCCGGUGUCAACAAUUUCAUGUACUUCCCGGACUUCAUGGGCAAUGAGGUGGAACCAAUCUUCUGUGCCGAAAAGGUCGAAUACCAUGGUCAACCGAUCGGUAUGGUGGUCGCGGAAACCUUUGCCCUGGUAAAUCGCGCCGUUAAAGCCGUUAAGGUUACGUAUGGCAAGCGUGAAGUGGCUAAACUCUACCCCACGGUUCAAGAUGUGCUGCAAGCGAAAGCCAACGAUCGCAUCAAAGAAAUGAGCUACGGUACCCACGGUGAUAAGUACGACAGUGCGUCCGGUGGGGAUGUUAAGGUAAAGGGUCGUUUCGAGAUCGGUGGUCAAUACCACUACUACAUGGAAACUCAAUCAUGCGUCUGUAUUCCCAUCGAGGACGGCAUGGAUGUGUACUCCGCAACGCAAUGGGUUGAUUUCACCCAAAUUGCAAUUGCUAGAAUGUUGAAAGUUCCGCAGAAUAGCCUCAACCUAUACGUUCGAAGAUUAGGUGGGGCUUAUGGUGGUAAAGGAACGAGAGCAACUAUGAUAGCUUGCGCAUGCGCCCUUGCCGCCCAUUUGACCAAGAGACCGGUUCGAUUCGUCAUGACCCUAGAAGCGAACAUGGAAGCCAUUGGAAAGCGAUAUCCAGUUAUUGCUGACUACGAAGUUGACGUUGAUAACGAUGGAAAGAUUGUUAAGCUGUAUAACGAGUACAUGCAUGAUUUUGGAUCAUCUUUCAACGAAUCGAUGGGUCACGCCGGCGAAUUCUUCAGCAACUGCUACGAUAAAAGCGUCUUCAAAACAGUCCCCAAAGGUGUUCGGACAGACUGUGCUAGCAAUACUUGGUGCCGUGCUCCAGGAACUACAGAAGGCGUUGCUAUGAUUGAAACCAUCAUGGAACAUAUCGCCUUCGCAACCGGUAAAGACCCCUUGGAUGUUCGAAUGGCCAACAUGCCGGAAGAUAUGAAAAUGCUCGAACUGAUGCCUCAGUUCCGUGCAGAUGUACAAUAUGAUGUCAGAAGGAACCAAAUAGAACAAUUCAAUGAACAAAACCGUUGGCGCAAGCGCGGUAUUGCCAUUGUGCCAAUGCGAUAUCCCCUUGGAUAUUUUGGAUCACUAUCGGCAAUAAUUUCUAUUUUUCAUAACGAUGGAACCGUUGCCGUUUCACAUGGUGGAAUCGAAAUGGGACAAGGCAUGAACACCAAAGUUGCGCAGGUUGUUGCUCAUAUCCUAAAUAUUCCUAUGGACAAAGUUAUUAUCAAGCCCACAAAUAAUUUGACCUCACCUAAUGCAAUUUGUACUGGCGGUAGUAUGACGAGUGAAACUGUUUCAUAUGCUGCCAAACGAGCUUGCGAAAUUAUUCUGGAGCGCAUGAAACCAGUUCGGGAGGAAAAUAAAGACGAUUCUUGGGAAACUCUUGUUGAAAAGUGCCAUAACCAGAGUAUCGAUCUUUCUGCAACAUACAUGUACAAAGCUUCCGAUUUGACACCAUACAUAAUUUGGGGUUUGAGCUGCUCAGAAGUCGAAAUUGAUAUUCUUACCGGAAAUGUUCAACUUCGUCGUGUGGACAUACUCGAAGACGUUGGUGAAAGUUUGAGUCCUGGAAUCGAUGUUGGUCAAAUCGAGGGAUCGUUCAUUAUGGGGCUGGGCUACUAUCUGACGGAGGCUCUUGUUUUCGACCCGGAGAACGGAGCUCUGCUGACCAAUCGCACCUGGACCUACAAACCUCCUGGCGUCAAGGAUAUUCCCGUUGACUUCCGUGUUCGCUUCCUGCAAAACAGCUCCAAUUCCACCGGAGUACUGCGCUCGAAAGCAACUGGUGAGCCGGCGAUGAAUAUGACCAUUUCCAUCAUUUUUGCGCUGAGGCAUGCAUUGAUGGCUGCUCGCAAAGAUGCGGGUUUACCGCAUGAAUGGGUCUCGCUUGGAGCACCAUCAACGCCUGAUCAAAUAUAUAAAUUAGCUGGUAAUUCGGUUGAGCAUUUCAAAUUGUACUAGGUUGGGUAUGAAUAUAUAACGCAAUCCAAUCGAUAAAUCAUCCUAAUAAUAUAUAGUAAGAAGCAACACAUUAUGACGAACAUUACUGAGCCAAAAACUCUAUUGAUAAAAUAGAAAGCAUUAGAUAACCACGGUGAGGUCAAUUAUUUCAGUUAUUACAACAAUGAAUAAAAGUAUAAUAAGGAUUAUUUAUAUCUGCUGUUAAAAUAGUAUUAAUUCAUUAAGAUGAAAUAUAAAACAGAUGAAAGUGAAAAA